AUUCAUCUAAUAUCAAUAACAUAUUUUCUCCCGUGCCUUCUCACAAUAAACGAGAAGGUACAGCACCAAAAGCCAUAUAUGCAUAACACUGCACUCAAAUGUCAAACUAAAUAUUGAUCAUCUAAGCUAGUCCGAUGAGCUAUUCUCUUUUCUGAACCCCCCAACCCCUCUCUCAGCAAAGGGGUAGGAGAAAAGGAAACGAACCACCUCAUUCUCUAAAAAAGCUCUCUUUUCUGAACCCAACCCCUCACUCAGCAAAGGGGUAGGAGAAAAGGAAACGAACCACCUAAUUCUCUAAAAAAGAGUGGAACUAAAUUAUGAUGCCUCCUAAAGUAAAGUAGUUGGACAUAAGUUUCUGAAGUUUCAAAUUUGAGAGUGGGAUUCCGAGGAAAGCCUUCUGUAGCUUGAACCUUAAUUGUCUAUUAGGAUUUGUUAAUUUCGACUUUUAAGUGCUAAUACUGUAAGUUGAUUUCCUUUUUCUUUUCAUUUUAUUUAGUUGAUAUCUCUCGAUAUGGGUGCCUUGCUUGCUGGUGCAAAGUACCGUGGAGAUUUUGAGGAAAGGCUGAAAGCUGUUUUAAAGGAAGUCUCUUCAUCCAAUGGGCAGAUAAUAUUGUUUAUUGAUGAGAUACACACUGUAGUUGGUGCAGGAGCUACUAGUGGGGCCAUGGAUGCAGGAAAUUUGUUGAAACCCAUGCUUGGUCGGGGUGAACUUAGAUGUAUCGGAGCAACCACUUUGAAUGAAUAUAGGAAGUACAUUGAGAAGGACCCUGCUCUGGAGCGCAGAUUUCAACAAGUAUAUUGUGGCCAACCAUCUGUGGAAGAUGCAAUUUCCAUCCUCCGUGGAUUGCGUGAACGAUAUGAGCUGCAUCAUGGUGUUAAAAUAUCAGACAGCGCUCUUGUAUCAGCUGCAGUUCUUGCAGAUCGAUAUAUCACCGAGCGAUUUUUGCCGGACAAGGCCAUUGAUCUUGUUGAUGAAGCUGCUGCAAAACUAAAAAUGGAAAUUACUUCAAAGCCAACUGAAUUGGAUGAGAUAGAUAGAGCAGUGCUAAAGUUGGAAAUGGAGAAACUCUCCCUGAAAAAUGACACGGAUAAAGCAUCUAAAGAAAGACUUAACAAGCUAGAAAGUGAUUUGAAGUCCCUUAAGGCAAAGCAAAAAGAGUUAAAUGAACAGUGGGAACGCGAGAAAGAUCUGAUGACACGUAUACGUUCUAUAAAGGAGGAGAUUGACAGGGUGAACUUAGAGAUGGAAGCUGCUGAACGUGAGUAUGACCUGAAUCGUGCUGCUGAACUCAAGUAUGGCACCCUAAUCUCCCUUCAACGGCAGCUAGGAGAAGCAGAGAAAAACCUGGCAGACUACCGGAAGUCUGGGAGUUCGUUGCUUCGUGAAGAAGUAACAGAUCUUGAUAUUACUGAAAUUGUUAGCAAGUGGACGGGUAUACCACUAUCAAACCUUCAGCAGUCUGAGAGGGACAAGCUUGUCUUUCUAGAGAAUGAACUUCACAAAAGAGUUGUUGGUCAGGAUAUGGCAGUAAAAUCUGUGGCUGAUGCAAUCAGGCGAUCUCGGGCAGGCCUGUCCGAUCCAAAUCGGCCCAUUGCAAGCUUCAUGUUCAUGGGUCCCACUGGAGUUGGCAAAACUGAACUUGGAAAGGCUCUUGCUGCGUACCUUUUCAAUACUGAAAAUGCUCUGGUGCGUAUUGACAUGAGUGAAUACAUGGAAAAACAUGCUGUUUCAAGGUUGGUUGGUGCACCACCAGGUUAUGUUGGAUAUGAAGAGGGUGGGCAACUCACUGAAGUGGUCCGUCGGAGGUCUUACUCUGUGGUCCUUUUUGAUGAAAUUGAGAAAGCGCAUCAUGAUGUUUUUAACAUUCUCUUACAGUUGUUGGACGACGGAAGAAUAACUGAUUCUCAAGGGAGGACUGUUAGUUUCACAAACACUGUUGUAAUAAUGACAUCAAACAUUGGGUCACAUUACAUUCUUGAGACUCUGCAAAACACUCGAGAUAGCCAGGAGGCAGUUUAUGAUGCGAUGAAAAAGCAGGUUAUUGAAUUGGCAAGACAGACUUUCCGGCCUGAGUUCAUGAAUCGGAUUGAUGAAUACAUUGUUUUCCAACCUCUGGACCUUAAGCAAGUUAGCAGAAUUGUUGAGCUCCAGAUGAGAAGGGUGAAAGACAGACUCAAACAGAAGAAAAUUGAUCUUCAUUACACGCAGGAAGCUAUCAGUCUACUGGCGAAUAUGGGUUUCGACCCUAACUAUGGAGCUCGACCUAUUAAACGAGUGAUUCAGCAGAUGGUUGAGAACGAAGUAGCAAUGGGUGUUUUAAGAGGAGAUUUUUCGGAGGAAGACAUGGUUAUCGUUGAUGCCGAUGCUUCUCAGGGGAAGGACCUUCCUCCCGAGAAGAGACUGUUGAUACGAAGAAUUGAAAAUGGUUCCAACAUGGAUGCCAUGGUUGCCAACGAUUGACAUUUCGUCACAGAAGGUGUACAUAUAUGAUGUAGAUGCCUGGGUGUGGAUCUAGUUUGUAAAAUUUAACAUGAAUAAAUGAAAUAGUAUAGUUGUCGUGUUUCUGUCCA